GUCAGGGAGGGAGGCAGAGUUGAAAACAGCGAGGAAAGGGAGGACGGUCGGCGGUACCGAGGGUCACAGGGAUGUACAGUAAACACAGGCAGAAAAAUGCCCAACUACCACCGGCAAGAUGGGGACGUUUGCUCGUGUUUCUUUCUUUUCUGCUGCUGAACGGCACUCUGGACCGAGCCAGCGGGAACACCGGAGAACAAGGGCUGCGGGGGGGAAGGACGGCGACGGCACAGUGGCUCUCACAAAGCCGGAGCAAAAGGGAGGCUGGAACCUCGACACAGGAGCAGUACCCAGACAGAGGGGAAGUACAGCUCUCAUCCAGCCACCUCCAACUGGUGCUACAAGUGGAACGUAAUCAGGAGCUCAUAGGUCCAGACUUCACAGAGACCUAUUACACAGAAGAUGGGCAGCCGGUGACUGUGUCCAACAACAGUUACACUGUAAGUAUGCAGGAUCACUGCUUCUACCACGGCCAUGUGAGAGGACAUCCAGAGUCCUGGGUGGCUCUCAGCACAUGCUCAGGAAUCAGGGGCCUGAUAUCCUUGAAUUCCAGUGACACCUACUACCUGGAGCCAAUCAGUGGUGUGGAUCUUCCCCACCACUCGCUGUGGAGGGCAGAGGAACUGCCAAUUAAAGGAGGGAGCUGUGGACACGGCCAUCCCACCCAGCAUUACAACCACAUCUCCAACCUGCUGGGACAGUUCCAUUCCAGGGUUAAGAGGGAUGCCGGGGGUACCACCAAGUACAUGGAGCUGUACAUCGUGGCCGACAACACUCUGUUUAAGCGGCAGAAUAAGGACUACGAAAAAACCAAGGCCAGGAUAAUGGAAAUUGCCAAUUACGUGGAUAAGUUCUACAGGGCUCUGAACAUCCGGGUGCCUCUGAUUGGUCUGGAGGUGUGGACGGACAGAGACCAGUGCAUCGUCAACGAGGAUCCCAACGCCACGCUCUGGUCCUUCCUCCAGUGGAGACAGAAGCUGAAGUCCCGCAAGAAACACGACAACGCCCAGUUGCUGACCGGUGUGAUUUUCAAGGGGACGACUAUCGGGAUGGCACCGCUGGAGGGGAUGUGCAGCCUGGAAAACUCUGGAGGCAUCAACGUGGACCACUCUGAGCUGCCCAUCGGCGCCGCGGCAACCAUGGCCCACGAGAUCGGACACAACUUCGGCAUGAGCCACGACCACGACGGCUGCUGUGUGGAGGCCACGGCCGAGCAGGGGGGGUGUGUGAUGGCUGCUGCCACCGGCCAUCCGUUCCCACGUGUCUUCAGUCGCUGCAGCAAGCGGGACCUGGACAGCUACUUCCAGAAGGGGGGGGGCAUGUGUCUUUUCAACAUGCCCAACAUGAAGGACCUGGUGGGGGGCAAGAAGUGCGGCAACGGCUUUGUGGAGGACGGAGAGGAGUGCGACUGUGGAGAGCCUGAGGAAUGCACCAAUGAUUGCUGCAAUGCCAAUAACUGCACCUUGAAGGAGGAGGCUCAGUGUGCGCAUGGAGUGUGCUGCGAGGGCUGCAAGCUGAAGCAGUCAGGGACCAUGUGCCGGGGGCCCGCGGGGGCCUGUGACCUGCCUGAGUACUGCACCGGGGCCUCCCCCUACUGCCCCUCCAACGUGUACCUGCUGGACGGAUCCUCCUGCCAGUACGGAGUGGCCUACUGCUACACCGGCAUGUGCCUCACCCACCAGCAGCAGUGCCUGCAGCUGUGGGGCUACGGAGCCCGCCCGGCCCAUGAUGCCUGCUUCGAAGAUGUCAAUGCCGCAGGGAACGCUUUUGGGAACUGUGGGAAAGAUGAACAUGGCAACUAUUUGAAGUGUCAGAAAAGCGAUGCAAAGUGCGGUAAGAUCCAGUGCCACAGUGCUGCCAAGAAGCCCAAAGGCACCAACGCCGUCUCCAUAGACACCACCAUCAAGACGGACGGCAUCGAGGUGAAGUGCCGCGGCACCUACGUCUACAGCACCCAGGACGGCCAGGGGGACCUGCCGGACCCCGGCCUCGUGAUGACCGGCACCAAGUGUGGAGAGGGCAAGGUGUGCAGAGACCGCCGAUGCCAAAAUGCCUCUUUUACCGAGCUGGAGACUUGCAUCACACGCUGUCACGGAAAAGGGGUGUGUAACAGUAAUGGGAACUGCCACUGUAAUCCCGGGUGGGCCCCCCCCUUCUGUGAGAAGCCAGGACUGGGCGGCAGCGUGGACAGUGGACCUGUUCAGUAUGACAGUCAGGUGGGGCUGGUGGUGGGACUGCUGUUUGCCUUCCUGUUGAUCCUGCCUGCAGUGCUGCUGCUCUUCUACUGCCACAGGAUCAAGACCUCCUAUUACCAUAAGUGGCUUUCCCAGAGAGAGAAGAACAAGAGCAACAAGAUGGAGGCAUCGGUGGAGAAAGGGAAAAACGGCCAUCUGAAUCCUGCCUUUCACCUGAAGGUGGUCGGACCAAUCAACAAAGCUAGCAGCCACAAGGGGCUUCCUCACACCAGCAAAGAGGUCCUGCCUCUCAGACCGGGCCCUGUGUCUAAUGGCACCCAGCCAGUGAACAUAGUGCGACCUCUGAGACCCAGCCAGUCCCCCAUGGGCGGUUCCCGGGAUGUUAAGGUGGUUCGCCCGCCUCUGCCAGUCAGCAAGCCCCCAACGGCCCCACCUAAAUCCCCUGGAACCCCACAGAGACUCAGCCCACCCAAGAAACCCCUGCCCCUGAACCCAACACGAUCUCCACUGUUAGUGUCUGAGCUGCAGCCCAGACGGUCCCCCUUCCCCCCUCAGAGGCCCCUCCCCCUCAGCCCGGCCAGAGGAGCAUCCCCCACAGUGAGUCCAGCCCGGACCCCGCUCUCCAAACCCUCCACGGGCCUGCUGGUCAUGAUGCCCCCGGCAGUGGGACCCAAACCUGUGGGCAAAGUCACAGCCAUCCCCCCUCUCAGAGCUCUCAGACCGGUCCCAGGUGCCAAACCAAACACAGCCUCGCCUCCACCAAGGAAAUGACCUUCUGCUCCCCCCCGACAGCCUAUUUGCACUAAAGAGACUUUGGCUGGUACACCACAGCGCUGUCACACAGAGGAGGACGAAGACAAAGUCAAAACCGGGAGAAAAGCAGGACUCUUCUAAGUUCAGACUUCAAAAUGAAACCCUACCCCCGCCCCCAUUCUCAACUCUGCCCACUCCUCCCAGCGAGCUAACAUUAUCCACGAUGACGCGGUUUUGCACGAGGCCUUGCAGACUGAGACAAGUGUUAUCGCUGGGGGGGGGGGGGGAGGCGCUCACAUUUGCCAAAUCAAUUUUUUUAGGAUUAUCGUUUGUUUUUUAAUAUGUUAAUGCUGUCUGUGUAUACAAAAAAAUGCAUUUUGUAAUGUUUUGUUUACAGUUUGUUUAUUGUCCUGUUUUAUGAUUUAUGUUAUGUGCCAAAGAGGUCUCUUCAUACCUGGGGUGUGUCAGCGAAAACGCUUGAAAAUCUUCUCAUAAAGUUUACCGCAAGUCACCUCCUCCAUUUUCCUUAGGUUUGAUAAUUUAUUGUAUUGUAUGAGGAAUGUUUAAAAUUACAAAUCCGGAGACACAGUGGCCUAUGGGGAGCCAAUCACACAGCAGCUUCUUUGAACAGUGUUUACAUGGGGGAGGGUCUGAUGGUGGGACUUGCAGGACACACCCUGAUCGCUCAUGUUGAUUUGAAUGUCUUUUGCUGUGUGUUAUGACUUUUGAAUUGUUACAUAAAAUAUUUUUACAAAACUAUCA